GGCAAAUUCAGCUCGAAAUACUUUGCUGUGGUUGAGAGAAAACUACCACGCGAAUGUACGUCAGGGCUGGCUUGAUGAAUGCAUAGACUUCAUCAAAAGAACAAAUAGUGUAAGCGUAUUCAUUGGAUAAAUUCAAGGGUCGUUCUAUUACUCAGCACAUCUACAUCUACAUCUACAGGCAGCUGACUUGCAAGAAAUUGGUGAGGCAAGUUUACCCCAAGUCAAGGAUGAGGUUAUGAUGGUAGAAGGAACUUAUUGCUUGCAGGGUCGUUCUAUUACUCAGCACCAGUUGAAUCAGCUGGUAUAUGACAAAUUCUUAUUAGCUGACUUGCAAGAAAUUGGUGAGGCAAGUUUACCCCAAAUCAAGGAUGAGGUUAUGAUGGUAGAAGGAACUUAUUGCUUGCAGAUUAAUUCUGUUAUAAAUGUUGGACAAUCAGCGUAUUCACAAAUCAUGAAAAUUAAAGGGAAAGAUGACCCUGAAAGCCAUUUGGACAAGAAACAUACCAAUGUUAUCAUCCAAGGGCCGAUUGCCUGUAGGCUGGGCGUGUUACUUCUGACCAGACAAUGUCUUGUAUGCAUUUUGGGUGGAUCCACAGAAAGCCUAGUGGAGACCAACUCAACAUGGAAUUUACUUCACAGCAGCAUAGGGCAAGAACCGCCAGAACCUCCAGCAGUUGUACAAAUACUUGAAGAUGAGGCAGAGAGCUCAUCUUCCAAACCAUUAAACAAGAACACUCAAAAUGUGUCUAUGCAGUCAUCAACAAGAAACCCCUUUUGUAAAAGUACUGCAAAAAGUUGUCAGAAUUUCUUUGAAAACAAACAUCAAAUGAGCACACCUGGUGUAGACUCUAGUAUUUGUGCAAACCUUAGAGUUACUGGAAAAGUUCCAGGAAAUGAAAGGGCGAAUAAUAACUGGCCAAACACAAGGACAUCUAUUGGAAAAAGUAAACUGCAGAAAACACACUGCAAAAGCCUUCAGAGAUGCGAUUCCUGGGGAGAAAGAACUGAUUAUUUUGAUGAUGAUGAUAAUGAGUUAUUAGACGAGGACCUAUUUUUGGAUGACAUAGAAGAGAAUUUGGAUUUUGAUCAAUUGGAUCAACUUGAGAAAGGAGCUCUACCAAUAAGGAAUUCUGCAUCAGAGAACAUUGCAAGUCUUCACCUUCAAGAACUUCAGGAUGUGUUUGAGAAUAUUGAUGAUCAAGAUUUGGAUGAUUUUGAAUUAGAUAAUACAAAUAAUGGAAGCAUUAUACUGUGUGGGAAAACCAUAAAGAGAAAAGAAGAUAAUUCAAGAGUUUGUAGCCUUGGAGUGGACACUGGAAUUACUGAUUAUUCAUCGAAGGGGAAAUUCCCUAUGAAACAAAGGAAUAAUAAGGAAGAUGAAAUUUCUGAGCAGGUCUGUAAAAAGCAAAGGCAAGCUUAUGUCCCCCCUUUUGGAAACAGUAUCAAUCCAAAAUCAGAAAAACAUCCAACUUUUGGAAAAGAUAGACAAGGGGUGUUGGAAGGUAUGGAAGUGAUUGAUGUUGAUCAUCCUGUCAUGAAACCCAAUGAUCAAAUAACAAAACUGGACAAGAUGGAAAGUAUGGGACGUUCUUAUUCACUUGAGUCUCUGCCAUUUACCUAUCUCAAGACUGUGGAGCAGCAUCUGCCAUUUCAGGAGGAUAUCACCAUCAGGAUAAAGGCUUAUGUCUCCACGCUUGUAAACCAUUCCCAAACACCUGGAACUGGUUGGUGCGUCACUGUCAAGGUGAAUGAUGGGACAGCAGCGAUGGACAUGGAUCUGGGAGCUGAGGUACUGACAGAGCUCCUUCAGAUGCCCGUGGAGAGUUUCCAGAACCUGAUGCAGAAAGCAAGAAAAUCACCAGACACUGAACUUCGACGCUCGUUACAACAGCACACGGAGCAAUUCCAGAGGAACCUGAGCAUGGUCACGUGUUUAAUGGACGUAUCAUUUGUAUGCACUCGCCCCAGGCCUGUACUAAUCCGACUGCGUCAGCCCUCACGUGAUGAUGUCAAGAUGCUCAUGUCCCGGAUUAGAACCACGUGAUACCACUCAUUUCCCCGAUAAGAAUCACGUGACACUGCUCGUUUUAUUCUUUUGAUCUGAUCUGGAAUUAAUUUUUUUUUUCAGUCGAAUAGUUAGGAUUUAGAGACUGGCGAUGCCCAGUCAUGAAUAUUUUUCAAUAUAAAAAUACCGCCUUUUGGUGGGGUAAAAGUGUGGUGGUGUGGAAGGGGGUACAUGUGUUCCCUAACCCCACCCCUAUCCACGCCUCUACCCCUGUAAUGCAAAUGUGCAAAGUAUUUCACAAGGGAUAAGUGCAAUGAAUGGGUCCUGGCGAGUACGCCUUUUGUCCGUGUGAGAGUCGACCAUUUUGGGUUUUACUCAAGCAAAAAAAGCUUGAUACUCUUGACGAGUAUCGAAUUAGUUGAGAAAUAUUUGCUUGAGCAAUGGUGCACAGGUGGAUAGAGUCCUUGUUGUCUCAAUUCUCUGUGCGACAUGGUUGCAGCAAUGAAGACAGGAAUUUGUCAUGUCAGGAACGAGAUUGUUAAAAGCCGCAUUGUCACUGCCUCGUACCCAGGCGUCUCAAGUCUUUAAAAACACGUGAAAAAUAUACUAGUGAGCACAAAAAAGUCAUGGAAAGGUUUAGCGCUGGCGCAAAGGACCAAGGGAAGGUUCGUUUUACCCAAGCACCCCUGCGCGCUUAGUCCAGUAACGCUAGUAAGCGCCUGGGUACGAGGCAGGCAUUGUCACCAGUUUACUCUCGGAGGUCCAACGGAAACCUCAACAGUUAAAACACAAUAGAAUCUAUUAGAAUCCGCGCUAUAUAGCAGACCACUCUAAUAUAUCAGUUACAUCCUCCAAGCGUUUUCCGUUAAUAAUAGUCGUGAUUGUUACGUAAUCGACAGGAAGUAAACUGGUGACAAUGCGGCAUAUUAUACGAACACUUCGACUCGAACGGGUACGUUCAUUCGGGGGCCUGAAUCAUGCUUUACAUAUCCUUGCUAAGAGUUUUGAAUAACAAUAAAUGGUUUUUCUAAA